UAUGCCUCAAUAACUGUCCACAGCCUUUGGAAGUUACUGAAGUGGAAAUGACAGGAAGCAAGUCGCUCAAGUGUAUUUACAGCAGUUACAUUUACGAUCAGUCUGGAGCAGAAUUGACAUCAACAACAACUGUUGCAUGAAGCAAGAUGCUCCAUCUGCAGGCAGCACCCAGACAGUUUACCCAUGAUGUGCGAGAGCCGGGGCUGUGGAUCUGGAGGGUGGAAAAGAUGAAGGCUGUGCUUCUUGAUCCAUCGCUGUAUGGUGUCUUCUACAAUGGAGAUGCAUACAUUGUGCUCAACAACCAGGGGAAAGAUGGAAGUGACUUGCACAUGUGGAUGGGUGAGAAGUCAUCUCCGGAUGAGCAGGGUGCUUGUGCUAUGCUCGCCACACAACUGGACAGCUUCUUAGGAGGAGACCCAGUACAACACAGACAGGUCCAAGGCUUUGAGUCACCUGAGUUCAUGACACUUUUUCCUAAAGGAGUCAGCUACAGGGAGGGAGGAGUGGAGUCUGGGUUCAAGAGUGCCAGGUCAAGGACUUGUCCCGUUACGCAUCUUUACCAGGUCAAAGGAAAGAAAAACAUCAGAGCAAGAGAGGUGGAGCUUAGCUGGGGAAGCUUCAACAAGGGAGACUGUUUCAUACUGGACCUUGGAGAGACCAUCGUAGCAUGGAGCGGCUCCAAAGCCAACAUGUUUGAGCGACAGAAGGUGCGUGAAAUUGCAUCGCUUAUCAGAGACACGGAGAGGAACGGCAAAGCUCACAUUAUCGAUGUGACCGAGGGAGAGGAACCACUAGAGAUGGUCCAGGCACUUGGUCCAAUCCCAGCUCUGAGAGACAGCUCAGCAGAGGAGGACGCUGCAGCAGACAUCUCAAAUUCUGCCUCCCUUUACAAGGUGUCCAAUGCAACAGGCCAAAUGACCUUGACAAAACUGUGUAACAGAGGACCGUUCAGUCAAGAGCUCUUGGAGAAGGAUGACUGCUUCAUACUGGACAAUGGAUCUAAUGGGAAGAUCUAUGUUUGGAAGGGGCAUGGAGCCAAUGCAGAGGAGAAGAGGGUUGCUCUGAAGGUGGCAGAUGAGUUUAUUACAGAAAUGAACUAUCCCAGAAUGCGAACACAGGUGGAAAUUCUCCCUCAGGGUCGUGAAUCUGUCCUCUUCAAACAGUUCUUUGAGAGCUGGAGUUAAAUAUGCACCAUUAUAUAAUAUGCAUGCACAACAAUCACUCAUUUUGUAUGAUAAGACAGCAUAUUAAUUAUGUAAGAUCUGGAAUACAUUUGCUAAGAUUGCAACCCAGUAAAAUGAGAAUUAUUGAGCUGUCAAAUGCAUAAAAAGACUGUUACAAGGCCUUUUACAAAGCAAACUAUUCAUGUGAUUCAUUUUCUGUUAGAUAUGACCUAUAAAAUAAUAAUAAUAAAAAACUGUCUA